GAGCGGCUGCCGGAGAGACAGACGCAGAGAGAGGCUGCUCAGAGCAGACGCCGGGUCAGAGCGCUCAGUUUGCUUCAGACAAUCACAGGGCAGAGAGAGACGAGUGCACAGGAAAAAGAGGUAGAACACCACAGAGAGAUAGGCUACAGAGAGGGAGAGAGAGAGACAAGAGGGAGGUAAAUAUGUGACAGGAUGUGGUUUCCCUGAGCUUGCACAACAUACUUUGAGCAUGACCUAAACGCACUGCCUGUACAAGUGUGUUUGAGCUCCGUUAGGUGCUGAAGAGGGGGGAAAACGAAGCCAACCGCUGGAGCUGUUGUUUCUGCUUGUUUCUCAGACGGAGGAUUGUGUUUUCCCUUCAGAGAGCCCGCUCCUCCGCAAUCUCAGUCAGCUUGUUGGACAAGAUCUGAAACGGUGUUCUUGUCUUUCACACUUCUAAAGUAGAAUGAGAUAUUCUGACGGGAGCUCUGGAUUUGUCUCCAAGCAGUGAACUUCUCAACCAGAUUGUGAAACAGCUGCAUCUGCAUAGGACUAACAAACUGUGGAGCCAUGGGCUGCGGACUGCGAAAGAUGAAACCGGCGUCAGACGAGAACAGUCCGGGAAAGAUUUACUCCACUCUCAAGAGACCACAAGUGGAGACCAAGGUGGGCGUGGCCUAUACAUACCGGUACCUGGACUUCCUGAUUGGCAAAGACGGUGGGACCUCGACACUGCGUCUCUCAUCGGUGCGAGAGCUGCCCGAUCAGCUCCAGGAGCUUUACCAGCAGGGUUUUGUCCUUGCAGCCGUCCAUCCAUUUAUCCAUCCCUGUGGUCCGCAGUCCAACAGCCCGCAGCACCAGCUCUACCGGGCCAUACUUGUCCGAAUCAAUGACGGGGUGGAAAGGAGCCAGCCAGUCUGCCCACCAAACAAGCUACUGCUGGAAGAGUGCCUGUCUGCGGAGCAGGUGCCCACUCCCGAGCUCAUCCAGGGCUACGUAAAGAAGCAGAUGCAGGAUUUCGCUGACCAGGGGGUGAUAUUUGUGGGAUUUGUCCAGGAGCCAUAUGGAGCGCCUUGCACCCGGAUCAGAGAACCAGAGACCCCCUCCCUGUCUCUGCACUCCAGCCCCAGUUCUGUCCUUGGCUCCCUGGGUAGCUGCAGCCCAUCAAGCCCCUCAAGCCCCAGAAACCAGCCAGAUCCUGGAGCAAAAACUGACAGUACGGACAAAGAGAGGAACAUGCAAGCAUCCCGACUGGAUAGGGAGAGAGAUGAAAGCGAGAUCAGAAGUGAAAACCACUCAGGUUCUGGCGUAGGGGGCAUUCAGGACGGCAUCUCACCAGCAGCAUCUCCAUUAUCGGAGGGAGACCUGGAGAACAGCGAGGUUCUGACCGAGGAAGACUCAUCGUACCACAAUAACAACAAAGACAUCAUCGGAGACAGAAAGGAGAGGCCAAGAUACAGGAGAGGUGAUGGACUGGAACUGCUGGCUUUGUACAACAACCCGACGGUCCGGGAGGGCCAGGUGAAAUACUACACUGUCAAAGUGCCUCUGCGGGUUCAAAGCUAUGAAGAAGGCAUCAAAGGUGUGGAGGCCAACUGGUUGGAUCACAUGACCCAACACUUCAACAAUGGUGCCUCGCUGGUUGACGGAUAUUUCUACCUGGGCAACGGGAAAGAUCUACUGCCUAAAACAGUGGAAAGCGUCUUCAUCUUCCAAGAGGCGAGCGAGGGUGAGCCAAACGCUGCUGCACCAACGUAUGAUGCCAUUGUAGUGGAACAGUGGACCAUCAUUGAUGGUUUGCAGGUGAAGACUGAUUACGUUCCUCUACUUCAGUCACUGGCCACAUAUGGAUGGAGACUCACAUGCGUGCUGCCGACUCCUGUAAUCAGGACUAACAGCGAUGGAAGUCUGUCCACCAAGCAGAUUGUUUUCCUGCAGAGACCGGUCGUUAGCCGGAAGAAGAGGGAAUCCAAGAAACUAAUCUUCAAGUCCAGAAGCAAGUCCAACAAAAACUGCAUCAAGGAUGUGGCAAAGAACAAGAAGAAAAUGACAAUAAUUGAGAAGGAUUCUGAGGAUAUGAAGAUCGCUGAUGACAGAGAGAACGUUGCCAAGGAAGAGGAAAAGACUGUGACUGGAAGCACAAAUGCAGCACAGGUAGAGGCAGCAGGCGAAUCCAAGAAAGAGAGGAAGAUAAGGUGUGAAGAAGAUAAAAAGGCUGACGCAGGGAUGGUAAUCAGCAUUGAGAAAGUCACACGGAAAGAUGAACCAGAGAAAAGUGAAGACAAAGUGGCAGAAAAUUGCACUGAGGAAACAGAAAGCAAAGCUCCAGAUGGAGAGGGAUCAGAAGAAAAUGGAGAGCCAUCAGGAAAGGAGGAGGUCGAGGAGGUCAAUGAAACAGUUGUGACUGUAGAGACACAGAGUGAGACCAAAGAAAAGGAGCUUGAGGGCACUUCGAAAGUUGAAUCCGUGAUAGAAAAUGGGAUAGAGACAGAAGAAGAGAAAGAUGACGGUGAAGAGAAUGAAAUCAAAACAGGGGAACCAGGGGAGGUUAUCGCAAAGGAGACUGUGGCAGAUCCAGCAACCACAGACCCAAGCCCAAUGGAGGCUCAGGAAUACCACCAUGCUAGUCGAGCUUUUCCCCCUCAUACCUCUUAAAUUCCCUCUCUUAAAAACUGAUUCCUGAAUCCAAAUUGAAGUGGGAGGGGGUGGAAGGUUGCUCUGCACUGCUGCAGCAUCCUCCAAACUUCCCAUCUCACAAAUGAUUCCCCCAAAACCUGCAACAGUGUAGCUAAACAAAAGAAGACCAUGACAUCAGUUCUAUUGUAUAACCACAGAUACUGAAUGUAUUUAACAACACAGGGGAUGCUUCUGCAGGCAGGUCCAUGUGGAGUCCAAACACUGAAUGGAUAAAGGCAGAGGAUAAGAAGGAGAACAGUGAGAUGAAAAACCUCAAAAGACUUGGUCACGGUUCCAGUAAGAGUGGCAGAUAAACCAGAGCUGCUUUGUUCACUAAACACUCACUAUUCACUAUAGACGGCUUAAGCUUUAGGUUUAGCUAGUAAACAGUCACUGGAGCUUACUAGCUGUUGCUGGAUGUUUUAAAAUCAUAAAAUAUAUACAAAACAAAAGUAUUUGGAUAAAAUUGGAAAUUUAGAUAGCAAGCUAGAUACCAUUUUAAAAGCUCGCCUGAGAUUUAUUUUUAAGUUUUCUUCUAUUAUUUUUUUAAUCAACAUCAGGUUGUUCCAACCAUCUUCAUAAACCUUUAUGAAAGAGCUAAUUACAAUAUCUUUUCAUAUUUAUGAUUAGAGAAAAUGACUCUUGCUAUAUGACUUUCUAGAGUGACCAAGUUUUCUGGUUGUGUCAGUUCUUCGUAAGGAAAUCACCACCUUUUAGAUAAUGAUGUUUGCUCUAAAUUCUUGGCAAGACCCAGGUCUGUUUCCUCAACAUUAAAGAUAUUUUAAAGAGAGGAAAAUUCCCAGAAAAUGUUCUUGCAGGUCAUUCCUUGUUACAUUCUGAUCCAGGAUGCAGAGGAAAUUUAUAGGAGAGCGCUGUUAGAGAUGGUGGGAAAUGCAUUUGUUGCGAAAGGCAAUCCAAAGCAGGCUGUGGAAAUCAUUGUUUACACUGACCUCGAAGCCGUCAAGUGCUUCAAAGAGAGCCGAUAAUCACUCUUUGGUAUGGUGUGCUAAGCUUACCUUGCAUACAGCAUGUUCCCAACAAUAUUCCCAAGCCCAGCCAGACAAGAAAGUGAAAUUCAGCUGAAUGUUCGCACCUCAAGGACAGGAUCAGUAGUUAGGUUUCCUCUGUUAGCUUUACAUACAGGAAAGAGGACUUCUGCAUAAAAUGUGUAGUCGGGGGUUGCUCUUGUUCUGUAUUGAAGCCAGAAGUGAGAGCUCUGAAGGAGAAAGUGAGGUUGCAGUGAAAAAAGAGUAUAAAGAAGAAAUAAAGAAGGACCAGUGAGUGUGAAAGACUCAAAUAACAAAAGCAAAUUGGUUCGUUUAAAGUAACGGUCGUUUGUAACCAGCAUUUCCUGAAGAGGUUUCUUUCAUUGCUUUACGUCCAUCUCUUUACGCACCUCUUACUGGACACAGUGUCUGACAUUAACUGAGUCAUAAUGUGCCGUAUCGCGGCUCUGUGUGGCUUUCCAUUCUAGAGCUGGAACAAGAGGGAGGGAGGAGGCGACGUUUACAGAGCGGGGCUCUCUGUGGAUCGCUAAUGGAUUUUGUCAGUGGGAGAUCUGUCAGUAAUCAUGCAUUUAUAAUGGGGGGGGGCUCACUUGUUGGGGGCAGUUAUUGACAACAAAACACCUCAACAUGUCAAGUUUCACGUUUAAAAAGGAUGUCAUGGGAAUCCGUUUGCACCGGAGAGGACAAGCUUGAUUUAGAAAAUUACCUGCACCUCAUCGUAAUACCUGUUUCGUAAACUGUUAACGUUUGGCUGAUUAAAAAAGUACCUGCUGUCCUCGUAUAAUUUGUCACAAUUAUCAUUUUUGUGUUGUGAUAAUUAAUGAUAUGUGGUUGAGAAAAGUAUUUCUUCUCUGGAGAAGAAACUCCAUGAUUUCAAGUGCUCUCCUGCCUCUGGUGAGAUUCCUUUAAAUGUAAAAUGGAAAAUGUUUUUGUGUAGAGUAGAAUAUAAAACUGUGACCAGUUUAGCCUUAUUACUAUACUGUAAAUGCCCCAGAAUCUGCUAUUAGAAAUGUUUUUUAGCGGCAUAUUGGUGAUUUAAGUGUUAUAUGUUUGUUAUAGUCAAACAGCAAAGUUUUGCUCCGGUUGGUGUUUUGAGGAUAUUAUUCCUGGAGUUAAGAGUGAAGGGAUGAAAAUGUUUAUCCAUAUGAAGGUAUUACAUUUUGUAUUAUUUUCUGACAUUUCUUGGACACGUUCUUGAUUGUGAAUGUUUGAUUUUUGAGUACAAAAAGGCUUUAUGCUGCCUCUGCUUGUUCUGCUAAAGCUUGCAAAAAAUGCUUUGCUGGCUGGUGCUUUGAGCUACCUCCUCAGGGCCGAUGUUGGCUUUCAGCUUUGGGGUCGCUACAAGAGCGACCUCUUGAAACAUAUGCUCCCUGUCCUCUACAGCUCCAAUAUGACUAUGAGCAAGAGGUCAUCUCUAAUGGCAGCCAAGGUCAAAGGUUUCUGAGUGAGAAUGGAUUUUUCUCAGCUGUACAAACAGGAGAUUGCAUGAGCACAACCUGACAUAUUUAUUUAAAGUGCUUUGAAUCUUUUUUUUUUUUUUUUUUUUUUAACAGAUUGUGAUUUCAUAGACACUCCUGAGUUCAUUUAGUCAGAAUGCGACCAGCAUAAAAUGCUAAUUCAUGUUGGUCAGUGAACAGCUCAAACAUUUUCUUUUAUUAUACUAAUUCAUGACAAAUUAGUAUAAUCAAAAGAAUUUGAGCUGUUCUGAUCUUCUGUAAGUUUCAGUCGAAUUUAAUUUAAAUGAUAAAUUAGGAUAUUGAAAGCUUUGACUUAAUCAGAUUCUCAUGUAGAUUUAUUACCUCCAGAGUGAUAUGUUUCAAUCUUUUAAUUCUGCUCACCUGGAUAAUUAUGACUUGCAUCACAAACAAUAAAAUACUCUACAAAACAAAUAAAAAUAAGAUUUUAAAUACUAUCAUAUCCACGUCCAUGUAUGUGCAGUAAGUACUUGUUUGGGACUCAUUUACCUGAAUUCAUGCAUUAAAGGGGACAUAUUAUGCAAAAUUUACAUUUUGUAAGUGUUUGUACUUCUAUUUAGGUCUCUACCACUUCUAAAAUUAGCCCAAGCAUUUAAAAGCUUAAGCAAAUUUUUUGUCAUUCCAGUUUGUGCAAUUGAAUGGAAAUGCAGGUAUUGACUGUCUCCUGGUAAGUGAGCAGUCUUCCCUGUGAUUGUCUAGGCCAUAACAUGCCUAUAAUAUAACACUUUAGAGAUGUCAGACUCCAGUUAUUGAGGCCUGUGUAUUGUAACUUUAAGAUGUUGUAAAACAUAAACCAAAUAAUUCAAUUAUUGGUGGAACUCUGCACAACGUGAACACAUGAUGAAGACUUGAUUCAGGCAGGGACACAUCUAAAGGUUACAGGACACCAGCCCUCGAGGACUGGAGUUAGCUUCAAGCUACAAUCAUUAAAAGAAAAAGUAAUAAGUGCUUGGAAUAUAUUACUCUUUGUGUAAUGAAUGUAUUCAUUAGAUUUAAUGCUUGAUAUUGUUGAGAUUUAAACUGUUAAUGUUGGUGCUCCUGCUUUCUUCUUCUUUUGUGUUUGCUGUAAAAUCUGAAAAGUUUGACUUGAGCUUUCCCAUUUGGGUUUUUCUACCCAUAUAUUCCACAGCAGAAGCAUAGUCUGGAGAGCAGAUUAGAUAUUUAGGUUAGCCUGAGUGACCUGACUGUUUUUGUAUUCCAGCUCAACAGCGUGGACAACAGAAACUUUGACAGAGAACCUGACCCUGUUCCCUGUAGUCCUUUGUCUGAGUCCUGCAGGGUACCGUCUCCUCAGUAAGAACCUACUAGUUAGGUUGCUGUGUAGUCUAACCUCUAGCAUGAAUAUGCUCAAGGGAGUGUGAGCAAUUGGGGUUUUUCUUCUAUUAUUUUUGCCUGCUGUCAAUGUUAACACAGACAGUGAGACAAAAAGCAAGGCAGAACCUGACAUUUAAUCAGCUAAACGAUGCUGAACCAUGCUAACUCUGCCGUGUGUGAAAAGGAGGGGACCUUUGACUAAUGUUAGACUCAAAUAUACAUCUGUGCUCCCCUCCAUUUAUAGUAUGUGUGAGAAAUAUACAGCUUGCUGUCUUAUAUCCGCAUAAAUGUUUCUGAGCCUGAGUAGUGGCGCUGGUGCAAUCGCUCUUGGUAAUGCUAUAAAAAAACGCAAUGGUUCAUUUCCUGUGUGCUACAAUGAUGUGAAAUGGACAAAGUAGAAGCGUCAGAACAUAACACAAUAGGAUGCAGUCACUUUUCUUUCUUGUGUUGUCACUUUAGCUUUGCUCACAGCCUCUGGAAAAUGUAUUGUUAGAUUUUCUUUCUCUCUGAUGUAUUUUUUUAACACCUCAGCUGCCAUCUUGAAUGUUAAGUAUCUUCGAUCAUGUGCCGGUGUCACUUGCAUUGAUGUAGAAAAAGUAUUCUUUAUCUUUCCUAUUUUGAGUAUGUCAACAUUCUUACUGUACCUGGCAUCUGUACAAUUUGUAUAUUAUAAAAUGAUUUAUAUUUAAUGUG